AUAUUCGCAAGAUAUACGGUAUAUCGAACGUUGACUGACAAGGACAACAUCCAGAACAAGGAAGCAGGAUGCUGCUGUCAUCACUUACGCUUCUUUUGUUCGCACCGGUCUUUGUAGCUGCUGUUCCCAGCUCAAACUCGUUCCACGAGUCUCUGACACUUCACCCUUUGCCCGAUGGCAAGUUAUCCGUGUUAUUUGAGUUUACCACCUACUUUACCCAGACGAAGCCCACUUCCUCGAUUCCUCAAUAUCACCACUCCAUCACCCCUCCAUCGCUCCUCCUCCCUUUGCAAACUAACGACAUCUCCGAGCUGUCCAUAUCCUUCGUCGCUGGACGCUGGGAUCAACGUCGUUCAUCUCAAUCUGGACCACUACACUAUUUGUCCGGCGGAGGCGGUGGCGAAGUGAGAGGAUGGGUGAGAAAUGGGAACGAGGGGGGAAGCGAGGAGGAGAGGUGGGGGACGGUGACCCAUGCGCUUGGGGGAUUGUUUUGCGCCGGGUUAGGGCCAAGAGAAGCGGGCGAAAAUGUCAAGACUUUUGGAAGGAUAUACCCUCCUCAUCGAGGUAAUCCGGACGGCUUGACCCAUUUUCUCCUCUCGCACCCACACCACAAUCUCUGUACAGAAAACCUCACGCCGUUCCUCUUCCUUCUUCCCUCAAAAGGACUUUCAGGCCUCUCGGCCCUCCUCUCCCAACCAGGCAUCAUCUUCUCCUGGGGUUUCCAAUCCGAAGGGAUCGAAGUCAUUAUGCCAAACGACGAUCAUCCAGAAGGCAAAUGGACAGGCUGGUGGGAAGGUGUGGUUGAUUUGAUGCCCCCCGGGGCUGGCGUCAAAAACGUCAAGCGAGAAACGGGGCUGGAAAAAUUGUUCAAGAAGCGUUUACCGCCUUCAUGUCCAGAGACGGAGAGUUCUGUGAUCAGGCUGAUCCUGCCAGAAAAUGAAAAAGUCAAUGUUGAGCCGCAAGGUCGGGUUGUGGGAGAAUGGAGGGAUGGGAAAUGGAGACAGGUCAUGGAAUGGAACGCAAAGGAUAGGGAAAUGGUGGGGAAAGAUUUAAAGGUUUGGUGGGAUGAAGAGAGGUUUGAAUAUCCUCGUACGAUCGAUCCGCCCGCGAUUUCCGUUAUGAAGACGGUUAUCGACUCUCAAGCAUCAGACGGGACUUUUCAAAUCAAGAUAUCGAAUCAUGAAAAUAUUACACGGGAAGCGAUCUACAGUGAAAUCUGGCCGUGGUGGGUUAAAGGUUGGAUGAGCGAAAUGGCCGUUUGCAUAGAAGACGAGGGUCCAAGAGCCGAUCUGCUUAAAAGCAUCUCAUACAAUCCCUCCAACCCACCUGACAUCCCACCAACUACCAUCCACCUCUCAAUCCAGCUCCCGCCUAGAUCAACACUUGUCCUCACUAUCCCAUUCACAAAACUUACUCUCAAAUACACCGAUCAUCGUCCAGACGCGGAGAGGGGUCAGGAGAUCCCGGCGGGUGUGCUGACACUCCUGGACCUCGUAGGCGAACGCGGCGUACCCGAAGCAGAAUCUGAGGCCUCGCCAUCAUCAUGGACAUCCCCCCAGAUCAACGCACUCCGCUCAAAUAGAGCCAGGGUCUAUACCCAACGCAUCUUACUUGAUAUCCCCACUCCGGACUUUUCGAUGCCUUAUAACGUGAUCAUCAUGAGUUCGACGGUGAUGGCAGUGUUCUUUGGGUUGAUGCAUGGCGGUCUUACGAGAAGGUGGGGAUGGGUUGAAGUGCCAGAAGAUCCCGAAGAGCCCAAAGAGGGGGUAAGAAUGGGGGAAAAGGAGUAGGGAUCGUAAAGGGGAUAAGGAAUUUUUGGGGUUUUUAUUCUCGUUUUCUCAACCGUGUAUCUUAGCAUAUGGCAUAGAGAUUU